AUGACGUCAACUGGAGGCGUCUUCGUGGCCUUCGGACUUUGGAUAGGCGUCGGCGUGGCGGCGUCCCUCAGCUGCUACCACUGCGUCUCGCAGAUCGACGACGCCGAUUCCAACGACCACGAACGUUUCGCCCUCAAAACGGCUCUUUUCAACAGGUUCUAAAGCUUCGAUGAUGUUUCUUCCCUUUUUCUGAUAAUCUGGAAAGAUUGAUAGACUUUAAUAGCUAGGAGUCCAUCAUUCACGAUAUACCUAUUGAAGGAAGCAAAACUUUGCAUACUCAAGAAAUAGGAUAGCGACAAGAAACCUCCUUCCAGUUAAGAUAAUUUCGGGUUGUAUUAUCGUGAUUUUUUGAAUUACACUUUCUGCUUUUUUUUAAUCAACCGUUAAAGGUGAACCCUUUGGUCAGCCGUCAAAAAUAAACUGAUAAGGUGAGUUUUCAAUAAAGAGCGGGCGCAGAUACAACGUGCCCCCGGCGCACAAGGAAUGUCUACGGGGAGGCGACAACGUCCUUUUUCGCUCUGUAGCCGUCGAGAGAUGCGCCAACGACACUGACUUCUGCGUCCGUAUCGUUUCCGGAGGUACGAUCUCCGACGAAAUUCCAAAGAGCAAACGUAUGACUGCUUCUGUUAGAGUUGAUAAGUUUCUGGAUGUCUCUGGAAACUUUUUUUUUCUCGUUUUCAAAGAUUUUAUAGGCUUAACUUUAGCUUUUUUUGCCAAUAAUGUUUUUUUUUGAAAAUAACUACUUACGAAAAGAAGUAUAAUCCGGAUUAAGUCCUUUUUUUUUAAGUCAACAAAUCUUUGAAAACCUAUUUUUGAUACUUCCACUUGUCAAUCAUGUCAUUCGUCCCACCUUCUUUUUCGACCUCUUUUUCGACUAUCAGAAAUUCGCACUUUCCAGUCAAACUAUGACUUUUCCUGCAUUUCAGUAGAAGACAACCGCAACUCGAGGUCCAACAAAACGCUGGUCAUGCGUGGCUGCUUGUCAACGCUUUUUCGGCCCGGGUUCGCCCUCAACCCGACGAGCAACUGCACAGACUACCGCAACUCCCAGUGUCUGUGCAGCACGGAUUACUGUAAUUCAGCCAAACCUAGAGCAUUUUUCAGCGCUCUAGUUAUGCUUUCCUCUCUCCGCUUCAUACUGACUUGA